UGAUGAGUCAUCUCGCGUCCUGACAACAAUCUGCUAGGCUUCCCAAAGCCACAAGCAUAUAUUUCUGCGUCUUUUUUCUCGCUGUCUUUGAAUAAGAGCUCUUUUGCGCUAUCAUUUCUGAGUCCUGAAAAUAUAUCUACUCGUUCUGAACUUUCUAGGCCACCUGAUUUCUCAUUGAUUUCAUCCAUAUAUAUUUUUCGCCGCAACAAUGCCUGUCGGCAUCAAUCAGCCUUCCAACCAAAUCAAAUUCACAAACGUGUCUGUGGUACGGCUAAAGAAAGGCAAAAAAAGGUUCGAAUUGGCCUGCUACAAGAAUAAGCUCUUAGAGUAUCGGUCCGGUGCCGAAAAGGAUAUCGACAAUGUCCUUCAAAUCCACACAGUCUUCCUGUCCGUGUCCAAAGCCCAGACCGCCCCGGCAGCAGAAUUAACCAAAGCAUUCGGCGCUGGGGUGUCCCAAGAUGAAAUGAUCCAAGAAAUACUGAGAAAGGGCGAAGUCCAAGUAGGAGAGAGGGAGCGGAAGGAAAUCCUGGAGAGGAUUGAAAAGGAAGUCGUGGAUAUCGUGUCUGGGCGAUUAGUUGAUCCGUCGACCAAGCGCGUGUAUACACCAGGCAUGAUUGAGAAGGCAUUAAAUCAACUGUCUGUGGCCAGUGGACACCAACAACAAAACGGGGAGGCAGCUGCUGGAGAGAGCUCAGAGAACAUGGAGGCUUCCGCGGAACCACGCAAACCGUUGUGGAAGGGUGUUUCAACAAAUAAGUCAGCUAAGAGCCAAGCGCUCGAAGCGAUGAAGGCUCUCAUUGCUUGGCAACCGAUCCCAGUGAUGCGUGCCCGCAUGCGCCUGCGAGUGUCCUGCCCUGUACCCCUUUUGAAACAGUCUGUCAAAGCACCUGCAGGGGCAAACGGCGGCAGCAAGGAAGAAUCCAAGCCGUCUAAAGGAAACAAGAAGGGCCAGAAAGGCAAAGGCAAAGGCAAAAAGUAUCAAGAUUCUGAGGAUGACGAGGAAGCCGAUGUCCAGCCAGCCGCUCCCAAGGCACCUGCAAAUGUUAAAGAUAAGAUAUUAAGUUUUAUCGAAUCUUUGGAGUCACAAGAUAUCGUAGGUGAGGAAUGGGAGGCCGUAGGUUUUGCUGAGCCAGGUGCUUUCAAAGGACUCAGUGAAUUCGUCGGAACGGAGACACGAGGUAGGGGAAGAGUUGAAGUUUUAGACAUGGCUGUCACACAUGAAGAUUAGAUAUCAACUUAUAUUUGGCUUUUCUAUGGCGUUAAUAUGUCUGAUACCCUUAUGAAUAUAUUAUGAGCUUAUGUCAACAAUGGAAAUAGCUAUGUGGGAGAGAGAUUAAUCAGAUUCAAUUUCAAUGCUCCAAA